AUGAAACUUUCUGUGCUCCUGAGCGCACUUACACCUUUCAUCAUUCUUGCUGUAGCGUCACCCACGCCGGGAGCCAUCUCGAAACGUUCCUAUGCCACAACGCACUACUCAGUUGAGCGAGACAAGCUUGACACGAACUUGCGACGUGAUGUCCCCGAAGUGAUCAAGAAGCGCAAGGAACUUGAGGCGCACAUCUCUUACAACGACGACGACGCUCCAGGCACUGCAGCUAAGAAGCGCAAGGAACUCGAGUCGCACAUCUCUUACAACGACGACGACGCUCCAGGCACUGCAGCUAAGAAGCGCAAGGAACUCGAGUCGCACAUCUCUUACAACGAUGACGACGCUCCAGGCACUGCAGCUAAGAAGCGCAAGGAACUCGAGUCGCACAUCUCUUACAACGACGACGACGCUCCAGGCACUGCAGCUAAGAAGCGCAAGGAACUUGAGUCGCACAUCUCUUACAAUGACGACGACGCUCCAGGCACUGCAGCUAAGAAGCGCAAGGAACUUGAGUCGCACAUCUCUUACAACGACGACGACGCUCCAGGCACUGCAGCAAAGAAACGCAAGGAACUUGAGUCGCACAUCUCUUAA